UCAAACAGCAUGUUACAGAUAUUGAAGAAGUACUAGGUGCAUUGAAUACAGCCAACGUUAAAUUAAAUGUCAAAAAAUGUGCAUUAGCCAAGAAGGAAUUGGACUAUUUAGGUUUUAGAAUUACGCACAAUGGUAUUAAGCCCAUGACAGCGAAUAAAAAUGAAUUUGGGAAGAAACAUCAUGGACCAACAAACGACUUUACCUGGACAACUCAAUGUCAAAUUGCAUUUGAGACACUAACUUCAAAACUAUCACAAUAUCCAUUAUUGGCAUUUCCCGACGGACAUUCAAAGCUCCAAUUGAGUACCGAUGCCAGCGACGUUGGGAUUGGUGGUGUGUUAAAUCAGAUUACAAAACACGGGAUUAGACCAAUUACCUAUUUAUCCAGAUCAUUAACACCACCAGAGAAGAAAUAUUCAACGGUGGAAAAGGAGUGCUUGGCAAUAGUGUGGUGCAUUAAGAAAUUACACCCAUAUUUAUAUGGAGAGGACUUCACAGUAUUCACUGAUCACCACCCACUGUGUUGGCUCAAUAAACAAUCAUCACACAAUGGACGCUUAGAAAGAUGGUCAUUACAAUUACAAGAAUACACCUUUGACGUGAAACAUGUCUCUGGUAAACGUAAUUGCGUAGCUGAUUGCUUAUCGCGUUACCCAUCAGAUCCACCGGAUGAUCUUGCUGACAAGCAACUCGAUAUUAUGCAUCCACCCAAGAUCAACUCGUCUCUUGAACAGAACGCUGAAGUGAAUAACCUUACCACUAGCCCCUUACCAGCUCGCCGCCAAACAUUAAUAUCCUUUGAUCCAACUAAGAUUGAACACGAACAAUUGAAUGAUCCGACAAUUAAAAGGAUACGCCAGCAAUUAUUCAAUGGCCAACAGGUUAAAUCUUUCAUUUUGGACAACGGUGUAGUAUAUAAAUUGAUUCAACGUAGCACAACAACACCCUUGCAAUUACCAUAUGUGCCUCGGAUGUUGGUGAACGAUUUACUGAUGGCUCAUCAUACCCAUCCUACUGCGGCACACGUAGGUGUCACCGGCACAUGGAAUAAACUGCGUGAUCGAUACUACUGGCCGGGCAUGCAUUCGUCAAUACAAUCAUUCAUUAGUUCAUGCCAAUUAUGUCAACAGUACAAAAUAUCACGGCGAACACCAGCAGGACAUUUACAACCAACUGAGAUUCCUCAAGGUGUAUUCGAAAAAAUCAACAUGGAUUUUAUUGAUCCACUUCCAACAUCAACCCAAGGGCACAAGUAUAUCUUGGUAUGUAAUGAUUAUUUAUCAAAAUAUAUUAUUGCACAACCAUGCCAAGAUUGUUCCGCCACAACAGCCGCGAAAUUUUUAGUAGAACAAGUGACGUUGGUUCACGGUACACCAAGGGUGGUGGUAACAGACAAUGGUUCACAUUUCACCGGCCAGGUUUAUGAAGCAGUGGCGUCAAGAUUGGCAUUAGUGGAACGGAUUGGUACUUUAACACAUAAACAUCCAGCAAAUUGGGAUGAAUAUAUUAGUUUCGUUACCCAUUCGUACAACACAACCAAACACUCCACGACCGGUCUAGAGCCAUCAAAAUUAGUGUUUGGACGAAAUUUGGUGUUACCAUUUGAUCCACCAAAGAACAAUAUCAUAUUUACCGCGCCAAAUGACUAUUAUGUGCAACUAAUUCGGUGUUUAGAGGAAACGAAACAAACCGCCAAACAAAACAUAAAACAUCAACAAACUAUAUACAAAAAACAUUAUGAUACAGGCCGUCGAGACAGAACCCUGGCAAUAGGCCAAUUAAUCUUUGUUGAACAAACCCCACACAAAAUGAAGAAAUUCUUCCCAAAAUGGGACGGACCAUAUGAAGUCAUCAAGCAAACGGGACGACUGAACUACGAGGUAGGUGAAACACAAAUUCAAUGA